AUGCUGCUCCAUGUUUUGCUGCGCUUGCGGGCGGCGGCGUUUCUGAAUCCUUCCGCUGUCCUCGGCGGCAUCGCCGGACUGCUACUUCUCCUCGGUUCCGCAAUAGCCGGCGUCGUCUUCGCGGGUCGCAACUAUGCUCUUCGCCGAGAGUUGCGACAACUCGACCGGAUCGGCGUCUCGCCGAGCAGGAGCAACAUGCGCGACCAGCAUGACGGCCAGCACGACGUGCCCGAGGGGGGCAGCACCAGCCGUCCCAUACGCAUCAAGGCCAUCUACCUCCAUCCCGUCAAGUCGCUUGCGCCCAUCGAGGUCGAGCGCGCCGUGCUCACCAAGUCCGGGUUCCUGUACGAUCGAUGCUUCGCGCUCGCGGCAGAAGUGGCCGAGCCAGACCCGGACACGGGCUCCAAGAAGCGGUUCUGGCGCUUCAUCAGCCAGCGCACCAAGCCGGCCAUGGCUCUCGUCAAGACGGAGCUCUGGCUGCCACGCCGAGGCGGCGACCCCGACGAUGCCCUGGUGCGCGCCGGCGGAUGCGUCGUCAUCAGGUUUCCCGACCCCGACAGCUCGACCUGGCUGCGCCGGCUCGAGUCGCUCAUCUACACGUGGAACCCGGCGGCAGCGCCAGAGGUCUCCUUCGUCGCCCCCUUGAGCCUCUCCGAGGGCCAUGUGCCGCCCAGGCCCUUCGUGAUACACGGCCGCACAGCGCACGGCGUCGACAUGGGACUCGUGCCGUCCGUCGCCGCGGCGCUCCCGAAGCUGAAGCGGUUUCUCGGGAUGCCGGCCUCGACCCCGUUCACGCUGCUCAGGUCCACGCCCGAGACGCUCGUCCGCACGACCAAGAACCUCGCGCCUCUCAAGUACAUCGGCUCUCCCGCCGUCCACGGCUACACCGACCAGCAGCCCGUCCACCUAGCCAGCCUGUCCUCGGUCCACCAGGUCGCGGAGCUGCUCCCCAGAGAGAACCGGCCUCUCAACGCGCUGCGCUUCCGGGCCAACCUCUGGCUGACGGGGGCCCCGGCCUACGACGAGGAGGGCUGGAAGCGGUGCCGCAUCGUGCGCGGCCACGACUCGCCCGACGCGCCCCGGGUCGCUCGCGUAGACCCCGUCCUCUGCGUCGUAUGCCGCACGUCGAGGUGCACCAUGCCCGACGUCGAUCCGGACAAGGGCGUCUUCGACACCGACGAGCCGGCCGCGGCCAAGAAGAGAGGCAGGCCGCAGCCCAGCACGACGCUGAGGCGGCACCGCACCGUCGAGCACGGCAACGGCGCCGCCAUGGGAUACAUGGGCAUGCACUGCGUCCCCGAGGACCGCAGCCUAAACGAGGCCCGGGAGCGCAAUGCCCGGCUGUACGUCAGCGUCGGCGACGAGAUUGAAGUCCUGGAGCGAGGCGAGCAUCUGUACGGCUCGACGGGGGACGACUACUGA